UUGAACACUGAACGAGCGGCGACCAACCUCGCACCCGGGGCGAAAGCUUCCCUUUUGGUUUUGCUUUAUUUACGACGCCGCAUGGAGGAUUAAAACUUCCCGCUGCGUUUCUCUUACUGAGAGCGAAGACACAGGUGGUGGUGCUCAGUGUGUCCCGUAUCCUGCACGAGCUGCGUUUUCUCCACAUCUGUGGGCAGAUUAAUAUGCUCUUCAUCGAUUUAUUUCACAGCGUCACUCCUUCGCUCAGAAACCAUGGGUUCUGUGAUGUUGGGCUGGAGGUUUUCAUGUGUUCUGGUGCAGGCAGCUGUGUGGCUGCUGCUCAGCAAGGGGGAGAGGAUGUGCCCUACGAGUUGUCGCUGCGAAGGCAAACUCGUCUACUGCGAAUCAGGCAUUUUCCAAGACAUUCCGCAGAAUAUCACCACGGGAUGCCAAGGUCUAUCUCUGCGCUAUAACAACCUGCAGGUGCUGAUGCCCUACCAGUUUGCACAUCUCAAUCAGCUUGUCUGGCUCUACUUGGACCACAAUUCCAUCAACGCUGUGGAUGUUUUAGCCUUCCACGGUGUGAGGAGGCUCAAAGAACUCAUCGUCAGCUCCAAUAAAAUAGCCCACUUGCACAACAACACAUUCAGCGCCAUUCCAAACCUGCGGAACUUGGAUCUAUCCUACAACAAGAUCCAGUCCCUGCAGCCAGGACAUUUGUUCGGCCUGCGCAAGCUCCAGAAUCUACACCUUCGAUCCAAUGGACUAAAACAGAUCGUAGUCCGUACCUUUCUGGAAUGCCGCAGCCUGGAGUUUCUGGAUUUGGGAUACAACCAGCUGCGGAGCCUCAGCCGGACAACCUUUUUGGGACUGUUUCGCCUCAAAGAGCUUCAUUUAGAGCACAAUCAAUUUUCUCGGAUUAAUUUCUACAUUUUCCCACGCCUCACCAACCUACAGGCUCUUUAUUUGCAAUGGAACCGCAUACGAGCCGUCAGUCAAGGCGUACCUUGGACCUGGUUUAAAUUGCAGAAACUGGAUCUUUCGGGGAAUGAAAUCCAGACGUUAGACCCCUUGGUUUUCCAGUCACUGCCAAAUUUACAAACGCUCAAUCUGGAAUCCAACAAGCUCAGGAGCGUGCCCGUAGAGGCCGUGGCGGCGUGGACUUCAGUGACCACCAUCGGCCUUGCCGGGAAUGCCUGGGACUGCAGGCCGAGCAUCUGCCCACUCAUGGCAUGGCUCAGGACCCUGAGGGAUGCCAAAGACAUCAGCAUGAUAUGCAGCAGCCCCAAGUCUACGCAGGGAGAGAGAGUUGUGGACGUCGUGGGGAACUAUUCCAACUGCGUGAACGUGAUGUUCAUUGUGAAUACGACCACCGCUUCGGUAGUCUUCACUUCAAGCCCCUUUGUCAACGCCACAUCUCACCGUCUCUUCCGUGGUGUCACGCAGCUGGCUCACAGUGAGCCUCCUGUGAAGACCUCACCGCCUUCAGCCACCUGGCCCAGUACGACAGACAGACAGAGUGUGAAGCCCACAACCGGGAGCUCCUCACUGCCUCCCUCCCCCGACCCUUCAACCACAUCCUUCCCAGAGAUACCGUUUGAACAUAUGGCUUUCCAUAAAAUCAUCGCAGGCACUGUAGCCCUGUUUUUGUCAGUGUCAUUGAUCCUCCUGGUUAUUUAUGUCUCAUGGAGGCACUACCCCAACACCAUGAGGCAACUGCAGCAGCACUCCGUCAAACAUAAGCGCAGGAAAAAAGGCCGGAAGCAGGAGCAAGACCUGAACUCUCAGUUGCAAGAGUACUAUCUGAGCUACCAUUCAAAUUCCGAGACCAUGGAUUCGCUGGUGAAUGAGUCAAGGCCGUGCACGUGCACCAUUUCAGGAUCAAUAGAAUGCGAAGUGUAGGGUUUCGCUUGUCUUUAUGAGACAAGAAGUGACAUUUCUGGGCAAGUCUGUCGUCAGAUAAAUGAUUUGAUAAUAAAUGGCUUCAUGAAAUGUUCCUCUCCACUGCGUUGAAGGAAAUGUACGGAAAGCGAGUGAAAUAUAUCUGUGUGGACAGAGCGGAGCGAGGCGAUAUUUCUGGAGCUCAUUACUGAGACUGACACGGGAGCCGUGGCAUGGCAGUGUCAUCCUGGUUACCUGUGCGUGACCCAAUCGACAAACUGACCACGAGUCGACUCGUUGGCCCUUUCGUUCAUCACACUGUACGUAAACCAUCUGUAAAGCAACAGAGACAUUUUUUUUUUAACUUGCCUGUUCAUAUCGUGCUAAUUAUAUAAUAUGUAUAAUAUGAAGUUGUAGGGGAGAAUCGUUAAGUAUUUGAAUAUGUACAGUGUGAGCCAAGAGGAGGAGUUUAUUUCCCUGCUCAAUGAGUCCAAGGCCGAUAAAUAUUGUCAAUUUUAAUACUUAGCUAUUUGACGCUUUGUCCUGCCGGUGCAUAAGUUAAAAGUACCAGUGACCCAUCCGUUUGGGAGACCAACCCACACUUGUCUCAUCUGCUGUAUGGAGGAUGCUCAUUUAGUCCAAAGUGUUUCUAAGGUGCGUUCCAUCUCAUCCGUUUGUUUAUGACAAAACUGUAUCAGAGCAAUUGAUCAUAAUGCUGUUUUAUAUAUGAUAUGACUAAUAUUUUAUUGAUUAUGCUUUGUCUGUAAAACGUGCUAGCAAAUCUGGCUCAAAUUAAAGGAAACACUUGUGGUGAAAAUGUGAGCUGGUGAAGGAAAGGAAAGGAAACAGGCUUUAUUUCUGCAGAAUUACAAAUUUCACGGGAUGUGAAGGCGCAUAUAAAAUUGAUGGCGUAUUUUCCCGUUUUCCAACCUCUUUUGCGACUCCUCUCUUGACUUUAAUAACACUGACAACAGUAUUAACGGAAUGUGGGUCAUUGGUGUUGAAUCCAGCCGCUUUAUAUAGAAAGCCGUUUAUUCCUCCUUUCACAAAAAACUGACACCAAAAAUAACAAUUAAAUAAUAACUAAAGACACAAUAGGAAAAAGAGAAUUGAGGCAGGCCACAGGCGGAUUGUGGUUGCCGUAGGUCAAGUCUGUUAUGCGACAAGGAAGACAUUAUCUGCCUUCAUCUGUCGUCUUCCUCUAACUUGUUUCCACCUCCGUCUUUUAGUCUUUCCUUGAACACUGAAGAUAACCUGCACAGGGGACAAGUGGGCAUGUGUUGAGUCAGGCAGGAUCAAUUGAUGUUCUAGCAUGUGAAAUGUAUUAAAAAAAAAAAAAAAAAAAGGUGAUUUUGUUUCCCCUGUGAGCCACAACCUGUACAAUUCAUCAGUUAACUCCAGAUGUUUUCAUCCCGGCUGUCAUGCAUGUCAUUCCUUGUAUAUGUUGUUCAUUUUGUCGGUGAAGACGGUAUAGCAGCAUUUCUGACAAGUCCAAUUAUUUGUUUUGAUUGAUGGUGCUUUGUAAACGACUGAUGCUUGCAUUUAUGAUGAUGAAUUUCUUUCAAAGACCGAUGGGUACGUUUCCAAAUGCAAAAACAAAAGGAAAAUAGCAAGAACAGUAUAAAUGAUUUGUUGAUCCAA